CGGGAGCGAGAGGAGCCGGACACCGUUCACCGUGCGACGCGUUACAACAACACCAACACACACACACACGCACACACACACACACACACACACACAAAAAGAAAAAGUAAAGAAGGAACGACCGGAGGAAAAUGAGUUGUGUCACGUCGCUCGGAGCGCAUGUUUUUAUGACAACCUAUCUGCUCUUCGUGAUGGGAAGCGUUGCACAGAAAGUGUACUUUGACUGCGGUGCCAAGGUGGAUGUGGUGGACGUACAAGGCCUCAUUCUGUCUCCUGGCUUCCCCUACAACUACUCCUCUGGGACACAUUGUGUGUGGCUGUUCAUCGUGCCUGUUGAUUACCAGCUUAUUCUGGAGAUAUUUGACUUUGACGUGUUUGAAAGCCACGACGCUGCAGCACAGUACUCCGCUAUCUCGAAUUUUGAAGGGGAGGAGGCAGAUGAAGAGGUGACUUUCACCCCUGGCAGCUUCGCGGCAGAUGAAACUUCAUCAGCAGCUGAAGAUCCUAUGCCUCAGAAUGUAGGGGGUGUCACAAAGCCUCAACAGUCCUCCCAAGAUGGUGAGGUCAAGCAAGUAGUGGUCCAGGAAAAGUCCACAAAGAUGGAAAUUACCAAAGUCUCAAAUUCUGCCAAAAGAUCUGCAGAUGCCUCUUCUGGCUUAUCUUUAGGGCCUCCUUCCUCUCUCCUCCUCCUACCUGGGGCUUUGCCUGCAGGAGACAAGGUCGUCAACUCGGCCUCCUUGUCUCACCUCAGGGGAGACCUCAGCCCAAGUUCUAACCCAAGCACAGCUGUGGAGGAGACCACCCUUGCCUCACCCCGCACUACCGACACUCCAGCUGUGAGCCCUGAAACCCAGCAGUCGGUGCUUGACGCCUGCCCCCAUGAUGUCCUCUACAUCUCAGACCUUAUCACCUUCUCCUCCAGGUUCUGUGGGUCCAACCGGCCUCCCAGCAGCCAGCUGGUUUUCGGCUCCAACCAGGAGAUGGUGGAGGUCAUCAUGGAGCUCAUCACCACCACACACUGGGGCCGCGGCUUUGCUCUUCUCUUCCACUACCACAACCUGACUGAGCCAGGGGGGGAACUCCAUGCCUCUGCUCCGACAGCCAGCAAGGUAGACUCCCUGCUGGCUGCUGUGAGUGGAGCUGCCUUCUUCGCUAUGAUACUUACAAGUGCCCUCUGCAUCAUUUUCAGACCCAAACUGUGUCCAAAAAGAGCCGGCUCCUGCUCGUCCACCAGCUCGGAGGUGCCGGAGGGCGUCCAGAACACUGCGGCGGAGGUCAGCGAGCUGCAGCUGAUGGCUGAGAACCAGACCAACCUGGGGACGGGCACAGAGCUGCGCAACAACAACGACGACCGCCUGCCGCACACAGUCAGCGCUUCCGUCGACAUUUCCCAGGAUGCAGCGGUGGACCUUUCCUGCAGCGGGCUGACUGAGCUUGACCUCGGUGCGGAUGAGGUUUUCAUUGUGUCUUCGCCCCCGAGCCCCAGCGGGCUACCGUUCUCCUCUCACAUGCAGAGGGAGAGGUUCCUGCGGCACAGCGACACAGGUCCCGGUCCUGCAGGUGACUGGCCCUCGCUGGACUCCACCACCUCGCCGGCUGGUGCCAGGUCGGCCAAGGACGGCGGCGGCGGCGGCUGUACCAGGCCGAGGGCGUGGAGCGUGCGCACCUUCCAGGACUUCCUCCCUCCGCUGCCGCAGCUGCAUAAGAAGUGGUGCAGCUGGAACUCCACCAGUCCCUUCACCAAGCUGGUGGACAACGCUCCAUCCAGUUUGACGGCUGACUGCAGGGGGGGUGACAGCAGGAAGGUCUUUUCUGAGAUUCACUUGGACGCCGCGGCGGACAGUAGCACCGUCUCCGACUCAUCCAUCAGCAAUGCCUCCUAUCCGCUCACGCAGCCCGCCCAGCGGCAGCGGCGUCUCAACUCCACCAGCAACCUGCGGCGCUCGCGCUUCCCGGGUCCGUGCUUCGGCCUGCUCUCUGGGGCAGCAGAGCCGGCGAAGGCCUCUGGGGCCCCCCAGUCCCAGGGAUCCCCCCCAGAGCCCGCCUCCGGCUCCUCCCCCUCCGCCCAGUGUCACAUCGAGAGUGGCCAGGCCGCGAAGAGGCGCGAUUUCCAAGGCGAGGGCGAUCACGUCAGCGUGCAGGUGUUCGCCAUCUCCGAGGAGGAGGACCGGCAGCCGCUGGUCCCAGCCGAGCAUCUGGACCAGACCUCGGUCUCUGCUGUGCUGAACGGACUGGCGAGGGGAACCUACGAGGGGAAGCCGCCCGCAGCGGGAAACACCGGCCACAGCCCCCAGUACCAGAGGGCCAGGCCAGAGUGGAGGCCAUGGGGGAGCCAGGCAUCGGGAGGGGUUGGGCCACUCCCCUCCAACACGACCGCCGCCAUGACCGAGUCAAACGCAGUCGGCGACGGCCACCUGGGCCGUGGUCAGCCAACAGCGCUUGGCGCAGUGUGACCAAUCACACGUGACCAGAUGGUGGAAGAGGAGGGACUCUGGUAGGCCAGUUCUGCAUUUCUGAACUCUUGUUAGUGGAAUAUAUAAAUAUAUAUAUAUAUAACCUACUUUAAUUUCUGGAAUCAUCUUUUACAAAAUUACUACAUAUUCUUCGCACUCUAGAUGUUUGUAUUUUUUUUAUAUAUAUAAAUUUGUGUUUGGACAAAGAUGGAACAAUAUGCUGCUUACUAUGCCAAGGCACUGGUAUGUGUUGGAAAAAAGAUGACUGACUGCAAACAGUCUUUUGUAAGUGACUACUCCAUCACCCCCAUCUCCUAGAAGCACCUUUAACCAGAUUUAUUAACCAGUUUGAGGCUAUUCAUCGAGUUAUAAUUCUGCCACUGCACUUUGCUUUCAAUGGCUCAUUCAUUGAGGAUUCUGUGCCGACUGUCUUGUCUUUUUCCUUAAUCUGGUCGUCAAUGUGGUUUUACUUUAAACGCUUAGACGGUUAUAAUCCAAAAGGUGUUUGGCUGAGCGUAGAUCAUACAUUAGCGUCAAUGCUUGCAACAAGUGUAUGCACACAGAGUGGACUCUUUGAGGCCGGACACUGGAUCGUAAAAGGGAAAUCGAAAAUAUCCUAGACGCAUAUAUAGCACUAAUACACACGUAUAUGUAGUAUGAAGAGAGAACUAGCGAUCACGAUAGUAUUUAAAAAUGAGUUAUGAAUUAAUGUAAAGUUUUAAUAAAGGCUAUCCCGUU